AUGCGUGCUCUUCUCGUCCUCACCAUUUGCCUUGUCGUCGUUUUGGCUCAUAAGAAGGCUGGUAAACACAAUCAUGGAAAAUCAAGUGAAUCAAAAAGCAGUGAAAGCCACUCUCAUUCAAAAUUGACCGAGAAACAAGCGUUCGAAGUUGGAAUGAAUUUGGGAAUCUACUCGAAAAGUCGGAUCUAUGAUUUCGCUUAUGAUUUGUCUUGUCGUUUAGCAAGCAGACGGCGUAGACGA